AUGGUGCAGGUACCGACGACCGUGACGGCUGCGAGCUCGAACAUGGGCACUGCCUCCCCGGCGGCUGGAAGUAAUACACCAUCAGGUCGGAUGAAGCAAGCCGCAAAUGGCACAGCAGCCGUCAAUCCUGCCGCCGCUCAGCUGCCGCUCAGUGCGAUGAAGAGUCUCCCUCUGGAUCUGACCAGCGUUGAGAGGAGGGGACAACCUACGGCCAGCCGAGAGGCCACCAAGAAGAUUCGACCACAUCAAUUGCAGGAGGCUCCUACAUACAGGCCAACCGAGGAGGAAUUCAAGGAUCCUUUCGCCUAUAUGAAGCAGAUCUCGGAAGAGGCGAGCCAGUAUGGUAUCUGCAAGAUUAUCCCGCCGGAUUCGUGGAAGCCCGACUUUGCGAUCGACACUGAGCGAUUUCAUUUCCGUACAAGAAAGCAAGAGCUGAACUCCGUCGAAGGAAGCACCCGCGCAAAUAUAACAUAUCUCGAUCAACUGGCCAAAUUCCACAAGCAGCAUGGCACAAACCUGAAUCGCUUUCCCAGCGUGGACAAACGGCCUCUAGAUUUGUACAAAUUGAAAAAGGCUGUUGAGACCAGAGGUGGGUUUGAGAAGGUAUGCAAGCUAAAGAAAUGGGCCGAGAUUGGAAGAGACUUGGGCUACAGCGGAAAGAUCAUGUCUUCCCUGUCGACUUCUUUAAAAAACUCGUACCAGCGCUGGCUCUACCCAUACGAACAGUACCUUCGACUGGCGAAGCCUGGUGUCUACCAACAACUGGAAUAUGAGUACGGUGGUCCUCUUAGCCCUUCCCCGGCCGGCUCGCCCAUGAAGAAAUCGCACCAUCACACACCCUCCAGUCUCCGACCAGAAUCACCAGCCAUUCGCGCCUCAGAUGCACUUAAUGCAUCGAUGAAGGAAGAGUUCGAGAAGGGCUUGAAGAGCAUCCCCAGACUGGACUCUCCUGCACCCGCCCCGCCGCAACCGAUGGCUUCGGGGUUUACUCCCGUCAACGCUGGUGGCUUCACACCUGUCAAUAGUGCUCCAACGACAUUUGCACCUGUCAACGUCCGGAGAGAACGUGAAGAGAGCAAUUUCACUCCCGGCAGGCGAUCAUUUGACAGCCCGCUGAUAUCAGCCAAGGGAACUCCAGAAUACCGUCCUUCUGCGUUGAGCUCUGCGCCAGUUGUAACUGGACCCGUUAAUGGCUUGGGAUCUAACCCGGCUUUGAAGCGGCAAAUGAGCGUGGACAGCUUAGACUCCCGAGGAAAGGGUAGCAGCCAGCCACCUGAAGACAGUGACAAUGGAGGAAGACGUAGCAAGCGCCUGAAGAAAGAUGCAGUGCCAACUGUGGCUGGAUCUCACAUGACGCUGUUCCGUCCAACUCCCCCACGAAUACCCGGCGAACAUGGCUCAUCAGCUCCCGGUGAGAAAUGUGAAAACUGUGGAAAGAACGACGACUUGGGAAAUCUUCUGGUCUGCGAUUCGUGUGACCUUGGCUACCACAUGCACUGUCUUGAUCCACAGGUUGCGCAGAAGCCGGACUACGACUGGAACUGCCCCAGAUGCCUGGUCGGCGAUGGACAGUUCGGUUUCGAAGAAGGUGGUAUCUACUCGCUGAAGCAGUUCCAAGAGAAGGCCGCCGACUUCAAGGAGGGUUACUUCCACAAGAAGAUGCCGUUCGAUCCCGUCUUGAAUUGCCCGAGACCAGUCACCGAGGAUGACAUCGAGCGAGAAUUCUGGCGUCUCGUUGCUAGCUUGGAAGAGACGGUAGAGGUAGAGUAUGGAGCUGACAUCCACUCAACUACACAUGGAAGCGGGUUUCCAACGAUCGAAAAGAACCCCCAAGACCCCUAUUCUACCGAUCCUUGGAACCUCAACAUUAUGCCACUCCAUGCCGACUCGCUUUUCAGACAUAUCAAGUCGGAUAUCUCGGGCAUGACCGUACCGUGGCUCUACGUUGGUAUGAUCUUCUCCACCUUCUGUUGGCACAACGAGGACCACUAUGCCUACUCGGCCAAUUAUCAGCAUUUUGGGUCAACCAAAACUUGGUAUGGGAUUCCGGGGGAAGAUGCCGAGAAGUUCGAGCAAGCUAUGCGUGAUGCGGUCCCCGAGCUAUUCGAGACACAACCGGAUCUGCUCUUCCAAUUGGUCACUCUUCUUACCCCCGAGCAAUUGAAGAAGGCGGGCGUCAGAUGCUAUGCCUUAGACCAAAGAGCUGGCCAGUUCGUGAUCACUUUUCCCCAAGCCUAUCAUGCAGGAUUCAAUCACGGUUUCAACUUUAACGAAGCUGUGAACUUUGCGCCAACCGACUGGGAGCCAGCUGGUGAUGCUGGUGUUGAGCGAUUGCAGGAAUUCAGAAAGCAGCCUUGCUUCUCUCAUGAUGAGCUUCUGUGGACAGCCGCCGAAGGCGCUGCCACUGGUGGAGUUACAAUCACAACGGCCAAGUGGCUUGCGCCAGCCCUCGAGCGCAUGCGAGACCGUGAAAUCUCCCGAAGAAAACAAUUCAUGGACAAGCACAGGGAGGACCACGAAGCUCCUUGUGUGGUCACAGAUGUGGUCGAAGGCGCCGGUCCUCGUUGUCACGUUGGCUUCACGAUUGACGAAGAGGAUGUCUCUGAAGAAAACAUGAUGUGCACGUAUUGCAAGUCGUAUGCAUACCUUUCGAGAUUCAGGUGCAACGGGAGCGGCAAGGUCAUGUGUAUUCUCCAUGCUGGUAAUUACGAGUGCUGCGACCAACCUGAGGAGGCACGAUACGCUGGAAACAACCAUACUCUGUACUACAGACGCACGGCGGAAGCUAUGGACGCUAUCUACCACAAGGUUGCAGACAAGGCUCAAUUGCCAGAAGUCUGGGAAGCAAAGGUCGAUAAGGCUCUCGAAGAAGGCGCAAAGCCAUCGUUGAAGACUAUGCGCGCAUUGGUCCACGAGGGCGAAAAGAUUCCGUACGAGUUGGAACGUUUGCCAGGGCUCAAGGCCUAUGUCGAGCGCUGUAAUGAAUGGGUCGAUGAAGCAACCAAUUACAUUGUUCGAAAGCAACAAAAUCGGCGGAAGAACGAAAAGGCCUGGCGCAAGGGUAGCAAGGCUGCUGAAAUGGAGGAGCGCGACCGUGAAUACCGUAAAGUCGAGAAUAUCAUCAAGUUACUCGAGCAAGCUAAAAGGCUGGGUUUCGAAUGCUCUGAGAUCACCCAAUUGACCGACCGCGCUAAUGCUAUCAAGCGAUUCCGUAAGGAUGCGCAAGAAGCAACCAAGAACGUCAUCCUGCGUAAGACUCAAGAUUUCGAGGACUUGUUGGAGCUCGGCCGCUCCUUCAACGUCGACCUUUGGGAAGUUGACGAGCUUGACAAGAUCGUCCAGCAAAUGAAGUGGAAUGAUCGCGCAUUGGCCCACCGUGGCAUUCCGCUCAGCCUCAAGGAAGUCCACGAUAUAAUUGAGGAGGGUGUGCGGCUCGAGGUUCCCAUCUACAAUGACUACCUCAAUCAUUACAAAGAACAACGUGACGCAGGAAUGGCUUGGGAAACCAAGGCCAAGGAACUCAUAAACGCCGAAAUUGUCCACUACCCUCAACUCGAAGCUCUAUCCGCUCAAGCUCAAGCCGCGGCACUUCCUGUUUCUCCAGAGACGCUCGCUGCUGUUGAUCAAAUUCUCAACAAGCAGCGUGAGGCUCACCGACAAAUCUUAUCCCUUUAUGAGCGAAGUCGCAACGGAGACUUUGCGAGACGUCCGAAGUACUCCGAGGUUCGUGAGACCAUGGAGCGUCUGGCAGAGCUGAAUAGUAAGCCCAGUGGCACUCUUGAUCUCGAGAAGGAACAGAAGCGUCAUGAAGAUUGGAUGCGCAAGGGCAAGAAAUUGUUCGGAAAGGCCAAUGCUCCGUUGCACAUCCUCAAGUCUCAUAUGGAGUAUGUCCUGGAGAGAAACGUUGAUUGCUUCGACAUCGAGGCGGAUAAGCCUCGGAUGCCCGCAGAGCCUGCUUCGCGGGAGCCGAGUCCUGUCGAUGGUAAGCUACAUAGCUGGGAGGAUCCAAGAUUCCGCGAGGUCUUCUGCAUCUGCCGUCGCAUCGAAGCUGGCAUGAUGAUUGAGUGUGAGCUGUGUCACGAAUGGUACCACGGUAAAUGUCUGAAGAUCGCCCGCGGAAAGGUCAAGGACGACGAAAAGUACACCUGCCCCAUCUGCGACUGGCGUGUGAAAAUCCCUCGUGACGCUGCCCGGCCAAAGCUUGAGGAUCUGCAAUCCUGGCAGGAUGAGAUUCCUGGCCUUCCAUUUCAACCUGACGAAGAGGAAAUCCUCAUGAAGAUCAUCGACAACGCGCAAGAAUUCCGAUCCCAUGUGGCUCCGUUCUGUAACCCUGUGAUGGCCACCGCUGAUGAAUGCGAGACUCAACGUUUCUACCUGCGGAAGAUUGAAGGCGCCGAGAUUCUCCUCUCAUUCGAGACCAACUUCUUCCGCCAAGAGCUUCACAAGUGGUCCCCCGUUGCGCCCGAACCUCCGCCCGUCCUCGAGGUCUCCAAGUCUACCCGAAAGCCCCGCCCAACAAAGCUACAAAAGCUGAUGGCUCAACAUGGUGUCGAUGAUCCCGAGCAACUACCCCCGGCAUACCGCACCAAAGCCUACAGUAUCAAGGCCCGCAAGUCAAGCGAGCCGUCAACGCGGCCCCCAACUCUGCAGCCUGCUCCUGGCCGCUCUGGCUCCGAUACACCCACUGUGCACAGCUUCCCCACCCAACCAUCCAUGCAUCCCCAUGGCGGGCCCAUCCUCUCGGGUAUCUCAGGCAUUUCAGCUGCUCACGACCACGCUCAUCCGACGCACUACGGUGGCUUCGCCGGUAUCCAAGAUCCGCACUUUAGCAUGAGCCCGCCCUCCACGGCCUCCCCGGCCUUCGUACCGCACGCCUUCCUACACGGCGGCAUGCAAAGCCCCGGUUUCGGUGGCCCGCAGCGUCAAUCCGGUAUCUUCAACGACGCGGCCUUCGGCAGACUUGACUCUGUCGCGUUAGGUCCUGCUCCAGGCAACGAAAGCCCGAUGCGCGAAACGUUUGCGGGUAGUAGCCAGGGUGUGUCGCGGAUGUUCGACGAAUUGACGAAUCAAGAAGAUGGCGAUGAGAGAGGCCCCAAGGACGAGAAGAAGGAGAAGGAGGCAGUGACGGGUAGUUGGGACGCGGAUGAGGAUAUGGAUAUGUUUCUUAAUGGUCCUUGA